UUGAAAUGGGUGGUUCUCGAGCCAUCAUCAUCACUCCCUCCUCGUAUAAGAAGAAAGAUUGAAAAACAUGGCCCGUCGAUUCCAUCAAGAAGAAGAUGGCCGUACUAGGCGCACGUUUACAAACCUACACCCCAGCGCACGUUAUGGCCAACGCGCUCAUACUCCCAACCCCAGCUACUAACCUGAGGAUGAGAGCGUCCAUGUCGACCAUCUCCGCCGCCGCUGCUGCUGCUGCAACGACCACAACCGUUGUCCCUGCGAUCAUCGUCGGAGGCGGAAGGGUCGGUCGCGCCCUCCAGAGCAUGGGCACCGGCCGCGAUCUCCUCGUCGGUCGGGCCGACAAGGUCCCGCUCGAUUUCGACGGCCCGAUCUUCGUCUGCACCCGGAACGACGACCUCGAUGCCGUCCUCCAAUCCACCCCUCAACCUCGAUGGACUGAUUUGGUUUUUUUCCAGAACGGGAUGCUUGAUCCGUGGUUUCAGAGUAAAGGUCUGACCGAAAUAAACCAAGUCUUGGCAUAUUUCGCUGUGUCAAAACUCGGAGAAGCUCCGAUGGAUGGGAAGACCGAUACUAAUCCUGAAGGCUUAACAGCAGCAUUUGGUAAAUGGUCAUCUGCAGUCGCUGCUCGAUUGCAUUCCGGAGGCCUUUCUUGCAAGGUCCUUGAGAAGGAAGCUUUUCAGAAGCAGAUGUUAGAGAAACUGAUAUGGAUUUCAGCUUUCAUGCUUGUCGGGGCCCGUCAUCCAGGGGCUACCGUAGGCAUUGUGGAGAAGGAACACCGGUCUGAGGUUGUUAGCCUCAUUGCGGAACUUGCAUCUGCUGCGGCGGCAGAGUACGGGAUAGUGUUUGACGAUGCCAUGGAUGAGAGAUUGUGUGCUUAUUCGAGGGCGGUCGCGCACUUCCCCACCGCAGUGAAAGAGUUCAAAUGGAGGAACGGAUGGUUCUACUCGCUUACACAAAAGGCAAUCGCCGAGGGGAAGCCGGAUCCAUGCCCUUUACAUACAGCUUGGCUUCAGGAACUCAAGGUCGUGUGAGAGACAUCAGGUUCCACCUACAUUGCCUGUUGUGUUCUUUGGUUGUUUUAUACUGUUACUGAUGAGAAGAGGGACAGAUUGAUGAUGUCAGAGCAGCCCAAAUACACUUCUUCACUAUCGAUAGGUGAAACAUCUCCAAAGUGUCAAAUGUAUCUUGUUAUAAAAGAGCAUUCGUCUGACCGUUACGAACUUUGAAAUGACUGGAACAGUUCAUUUUCACUGAUUUGUAUUUCCACCCUGCAAUCACACUAUUGGGAUUGA